CACAGCCACAUAUCGUCCCCAUUUUUUCCGUUCCAAUUUUCUGAAACUACUCAUUAAUAAAACACACACAAAAAUGGCGGACACACCACAUCCUAACGCUCCCCACGUCGUCAUCGUCCCCACCCCCGGAAUCGGCCACCUCACCCCCCUCGUCGAGUUCGCCAAGCGCCUCUCCCUCCACCACCACUUCUCCGUCACCUUCAUCCUCCCCACCGACGGCCCCAUCUCCGCCGCUCAUAAAACCAUCCUCCACAACCUCCCCGCCGGAAUCGCCUACACCCUCCUCCCGCCGGUCAGCUUCGACGACUUGUCCCCCGAUGUCAAGAUCGAGACCCGCAUAUCCUUGCAAAUCACCCGCUCCCUCCCCGCCUUCCGCGACGCCUUCCGCUCGAUCGUCGAGACCACCCCGACCGUCGCUCUGGUCGUCGAUCUCUUCGGGACCGACGCUUUCGAUGUCGCCGUCGAAUUCGGGGUCUCGCCGUUCAUUUUUUACCCGACGACUGCGAUGUGCCUGUCCCUGUUUCUGAACCUUCCCGAGAUCGACCGGGAUGUGGCGUGCGAGUACAGAGACAUGGACGAACCGCUCCGGCUACCCGGGUGCAUCCCGGUUCGCGGCGGGGACCUCCUUGACCCGGUCCAGGACCGGAAGAACGAGGCCUACAAAUGGGUCCUCCGCCACGCGGGACGGUACCGGAUGGCGGAGGGCAUCAUCGUGAACACCUUCGAGGACUUGGAGCCCGGCGCGCUGAAAGCCUUGCAACAACCGGAAUCCGGAAACCCUCCGGUCUAUCCGGUCGGGCCGCUCACGAAGAUUAGCGACCCGGGGAGAGUCAACGGGGCGGCGAACCGGUGUCCGAUCCUCGAGUGGUUGGACAAACAGCCACGUGCGUCAGUAGUCUACGUGUCUUUCGGGAGCGGUGGGACCCACACACAGAAGCAGUUCACCGAGAUCGCGUAUGGCUUGGAGGCAAGCGGGCAGCGGUUCGUAUGGGUGGUCAAGUGCCCAAACGACGCGACUUCCAACGCUGCCUAUUUUAGCGUCCAGAGUUUGACCAACCCUUUUGACUUCCUGCCAAAAGGGUUCGGGGAACGAACCAAGGAGUUGGGUUUGGUCGUGCCCGAUUGGGCUCCUCAAUCCCAAAUCUUGAGUCACGAUGCCGUAGGUGGGUUUCUGACCCAUUGUGGGUGGAACUCGAUCCUCGAAGGCGUGGUCCGCGGGGUGCCUUUGAUCGCGUGGCCCAUGUACGCCGAGCAGAGAAUGAACGCGGUGAUGUUGAUAGAAGAUCUUAAAGUCGCGCUGAUGUUAAAAAUCGGAGAGGACGGGGUGGUCGGGAGAGAUGAGAUUGGUGACACGAUAAAGGCAUUGAUACAAGGGGACGAGGCGAAAGAAGUGCGUGAACGGAUGAGAGAGCUGAAAGAAGCGGCUCAUCGGGUACUCGGACCUGAUGGUUCUUCCGCCAACGCACUCGCCCGCCUCGCCUCCAAACUCAAAGCCUAUUCCGUUUGAUCAAAUCACAUUUAUUGGUUUUUUGUUCCUAUUUUGUUUGUAAAAAUGUUGAACUUGCCAAAUGUGAGGUGCACCUACUUCACGUUUUAAUGUGGUGUGUCGUGUAGGCCUUGUUUGGAAACAUUGUUUUUUAUUACGUUAGUGUUUUAAAUAAAAAAAAUGCAAUGGAAUUGAUUCAGUUUGGCACUUUAGUCUUGUUUAG